GCGCGAGCGCCAUUAGCAAUAUCGGUCUAAAACCCUAGCUCUUCUCCUCUCGUCCGAACCAUGGCGAAGACGAAGCCCAUGCCGCCGCCGGCGGCUGGAGCUGCCGCGGAUAAGAAACAGAACAAGAAGAAUGGGAAGGGUGGUAAGAAGGGAAAGAACGGCCCGACGGCUGUGGCGAUGAAGGCGCGCGGGGCCGCGGCGGCGGCGGCGGCGGAGAGGAGCAACCCCUUCGAGGCCAUCUGGUCGCGCCGCAAGUUCGACGUGCUCGGGAAGAAGCGCAAGGGGGAGGAGCGACGCACCUCCCGCUCCCGCUCCGAGGCCAUACACAAGAGGGAGAAUACUCUGCUCAAGGAGUUCCAGCAGAGCGCCAAAUCGUCUGUCUUCCAUGACCGGCGAAUCGGCGAGAGGGAUGAGACACUGCCUGAGUUCGACAAGGCUAUCCUCCGCCAGCAGCGAGAACACAUGGCAAAGUUGAAACGAGUAAGCAAAUACAAUCUGUCGGAUGAGGAGGAAGAUGAGGAUGAUGCCCACCAUCUUCACGCACUUUCAGGAAAUGAUGAUUUUGAUGAAGAGGUGCCUCUUGGUGAUGACAGUGAUGAAGAAGGUAAAAUGACCCUGUCAAAGAAUCGUUUAUCUCUCAAUAGUACUGAUCUUACUUCAGAAAGUGAUCUGCCUGGAGAAGCACGUCAGGGUCACAAGAGCAAGAAGGAAGUUAUGUCAGAGAUCAUUUUGAAGAGUAAAUUUUACAAGGCUCAAAAGGCCAAGGAGAAGGAAGAUGAUGAGCAUCUUGUCAACAAGUUAGAUAGUGACUUUGCAUUAUUGGCCCAGACGCCAGCACUAUUGUCCCUGACCGAGUCAGCGAAAGUGAAUGCACAUAAAAAUAAUUCAAGUACUAUCCAUAACGAUUCAUCUGGUCUGAAUGGGAAGCAAAUUUUUAGUAAGGAAAAGCCAGAUGCAUAUGACAAACUAGUGAAAGAAAUGGUGAUGGACCAACGUGCUCGUCCAUCAGACAGGACAAAAACCCCAGAAGAACUAGCUCAGGAGGAAAAAGAACGCCUUGAGAAGUUGGAGAAGGAACGUCACAAACGAAUGCUUGGAAUUGCUGAGUCCUCUGAUGAAGAAGAUGAUGACGACGAUGAUGAUUGCCACAUGAAGGCAGAUAACUCAAAACCUAUAUCUGGUGAUGAUCUUGGUGAUUCCUUCUCUGUGGAUGAGCCAACAAAAAGGAAAAAAGGCUGGGUUGAUGAAAUUUAUGAAAAGGAGGGUAAAGAGAUUGGUGAAGAUGUAGCAUCUGGUGAUGGAGGAAGUGAUGAUUGUGGUGACGAUGAGGAUGAGGAGGAUGAAGAAGAUGCCAGUGAUGAAGAGGAUUCAAGUGAUAAUGACUUGUGCAAUAUGCCUGCAAGAGACUGGGAGCAAAGUGACGAUGAUGAGGUUGUUUUAGAAGAUGACAUGGAUAAUGUCAAAGAGAAAGAACAAGUUAUGGCGGACAAAGUGGUGAAAAAGGAUGCAGAGAAUUCAAAGAGAGAAUCUAAUGCAAAGCAAAAACCACAAGUCAGGGAUGACGAGCUUCCUUUUGUGAUAGAUGCACCAAAUAACUUACAAGAUCUAUGCUCCUUGGUUGAUGGUCGUUCAGCAACUGACAUACUUGAGAUCAUUAGGCGAAUACGCACUUGCAAUUCUAUCAGGCUUACAGCUGAAAACAGAAAGAAAAUGCAAGUUUUCUACGGUGUUCUCCUGCAGUACUUUGCAGUUUUAGCUACUCAAAGCCCAGUGAAGUUCAAAAUAAUUGACACCCUUGUUAAACCCUUAAUUGAGAUGAGUGGAGAGACUCCAUAUUUUGCUGCCAUCUGUGCAAGGCAAAGACUUAUUCAUACACGUACUCGUCUAUGCGAAGACAUCAAGAUUCCAGGAAAAGGCAGCUGGCCUAGUUUGAAGACAUUACUUCUCUUGAGGUUAUGGUCUCUCAUAUUCCCCUGCUCUGACUUCCGCCAUGUGGUAGCAACUCCAAUGCUUCUGCUUAUGUGCGAAUAUCUGAUGCGCUGCCCUAUACAAUCUGGUCGAGAUGUAGCUAUCGGUUCUUUCUUGUGUUCCAUGGUGCUUGCGGCCACUAAAGAAUCUAAGAAGUUCUGUCCUGAAGCUAUAGGUUUUAUUCGAACUCUUUUGGUAACAUCACUAGACAGAGAAUUUGGCAAUCAGAUUAAUGAUCAAUUUCUGGAGCUCAAGACAUUGAAACCAUGGCUUCAUAUCGACGAGCAAGUGCAUGAGGUGAAUUGUGUGAAUGUCCUCGAAGUCAUGAGCAUGGAUCCUGAUGCCUCAUAUUUCUCAUCUAAUAAUUUCAAGGCUGGUGUACUUCUAUCCUUGGCUGAAUGUUUGAGGGGCUUUGUCAUCAUACAUGAAGAGCUAUGCUCUUUUCCUGAAAUUUUCCUCCCAAUCUCUUCUCUGCUGCAGCAAAUUCUGGAAAAAUCUGCCUUACCUACCCUGUUACAAAACAUUUUUCAUGAAGUCAUUGACUUGAUUAAAAAGAGAAGUGAUGAACACCAUGCUUCUAGAGAGCCACUCCAAAUGCGAAAGCAGAAGCCAGAGCCAAUCAAACUGUUGAAUCCAAAAUUUGAGGAGAAUUACAUAAAGGGUCUUGAUUAUGAUCCUGACCGAGAAAGGGCACAAAUGAAGAAGCUGAAGAAACGCCUGAAGAGUGAGAAGAAGGGGGCAGUGCGUGAGCUUCGUAAAGAUAAUUAUUUCCUGUCCGCUGUGAAAGAGAAAGAGAGGAUAAAACAAGAGCAAGAGAGAGCGGAAAAGCAUGGAAAAGUAAUGGCUUUCCUUCAAGAACAGGAAAGUGCUUUUAAAUCUGGGCAGCUGGGAAAAGGAAAAAAGAGGAGGCGGUGACAUUUCUCCAUAUUUAUCCAGUGUAAAUAUGUUGAUCAGGUUGCUAUCACCAUUAAGUUUGUUCACACCCUUCAUGGGAUGGGCAUGUAGCUGGUGACCUCAUCAUGCCCUAUGUUCACUGCCUUUUGCAACUUCAAGUUGAGGACACAGCCGAAUACAAAAGUGGGUGGUCGAGAUACCCCUGUUAGCCAUGUGAUCACCUUGCGGAAAAACUACCCUGACUUCACAACAGCAUAUCUUCGAUCAAACAUCAACGAAAAGGGGGUUUAUUUCUCUUGUGCUUAAGAAUUGAGUUGCUCCACUGUGCUAUAUUCGAGUAGUAAUUUAAUGUAGCACAGUAAAGGGAUUUUGUUUUCUUUCUCUAAUUUCCUGUAUGCAUUACUUGCCAGAUGUAUCUGAAUGUUUAAACUAGAAGCACGAUUUUGUACCUUGUCAUUUCUAUCAUCCAACAUUGGAUUUGAAGAAAAUUAAUAGUUAGCACUAUGGUGUUCCAUGUA